AUGGCAAUCACUUUGAAGCAGCAGACUGUAAAGGAGCGGAGCUCCGACUUCAUUAUUGAUUUUCUCGCCUCACCAAGUGGUGCUCAGCUUAUCUGCGCUGUCGCUCAGGCUCGGAGCAUAGGAGCUCAAUUUUGCCCCACUACUCCUGGCUAUCAGUUCUGUCUUCACUAUCCAGAGAGGGAGAAGGGAAGGAUUUAUGCAAUCACAGGUCUUCUAAGCUCCUCAUUAGGACAUACUUUAGAAACUGCAAGUACAAACGAGCCUCUAUUGACGUUACCAAAACCUGAUUCGACAAACCAAUGGCACAAUACAUCCGAUAGCGAGGAAUGGUCGCGAGGUCAGGGUGAAUUUUUCAUAACCUCUCGAUCAACGGUAACGAAUCGCCGAACUGACGUCACAUCGAAGACCUUCCAGAGCGGUAGUAAUGUCGGCAGCGACUCGGAGAGUAAACCGACCAAUCGUCCUCAGUACACGGUCUACCGCAGUGAGGAUGAGGUACCCUACCAGAAGUCCAAUAACACCACUGCAAUCCAUGUUGACGUGCGCCCCUCCCAUCCGCCCGUCGAUGUGGCGAUUCGCCGCAUAUCCACGACUGGCGAAGACUGGAUGGUGUCGGGAGAGCCGCGAAAUCAUGUGUACCCCACUGAGACCCUUAUCGUGAGUCCUCCAGCUGCUCGCACUGGCAGUCGACGCCAAAGACGAACCCUUCGUCAGGGAAGUGAAGCUCGUGUUGUCACCAAAAUGACCAUUCCUCCGCUUGAGCCAACUAGUCUGGGCAGGCCGAGAAAUCAACGAAGUUACUCCUCCGAUAUCAUUCGCGAGACAGAGGCUACUUCUCAACGCCGCAGACAAUACGAGCAGUCUUCAUUAAACAAUGCUUUUCGGCAGAUGAACCUGCAGGACCAAACAGGACGUUCGCAGUCAGUCAGUCGACGCAAAAAGGACUCAGUUCAUCAUCAUCACUCACGGUGCUACGGCCACAAGCACUCCAAAAUCCGGCCAAGUUCCCGCUCGCGUGCUCGUGACAUAUACGGAACUUUACGUGGUAUACCGAUGACAAUAGGCUACACUACUCCCACGUUAGCCUUCUAUCCCGAUUGGUCGGGCAGCUUUGCACCUGUGUCGCCAGCAGCCUACUACUAUCCAGAUGAUUACGCAACUCCAGUGCCUGGUGUACCAUACCUCCCCUCGCCAGCCAUUCCGAUUCACUACAGCCUUCCGCGUCGAUACCCUCCAAUGGCUACUAUCUAUGGACCCAGAUCGGGCAUUCCGAUGACCACAGUUCCAUCAAUGACUCCAGGGACUGCUCAGAGGUUCCCUCCAGUCUAUCCAAGGAGCGCCAGAACUCCGAGUCAGUAUCACUGUGUAUGCUGCCCCAACAGGGCUCACCAAUGCACCACAGAGAAAAAUUCACGUGUCUUUAAUUUUGAAGGUGAUCAAUGGGAAAGCGAAGGCCCGACUCCGAGUAAUCCAAAUCAGUAUGGACGUAGCACUCUAACGAAACGCACUCGCUCAAAACAGCAGUUCUUUGAGACACAACGCAUGCAGGCACAGUCUGGUAUGACUGCAUCGAUGGACGCUGGUCGAAAGUUACACCAAACACCGACGGAGUUUGAGGUACCUAUUCAGAAGGAGACACCCACUGCGAUGCCCUAUGGGCUAGUUUCACCAGGAGGUACGCUGAACGAAACCACUUACACUUCUCAAAAGUAUCAAAAUACCUGGAAUGCGACACUGUCACCAAAGGGUGUUGUAGCAAUGCCAUCAUUGCACGGCGAGGUAACACGAGACGAUGGAUUCCCACCUGAUUAUGUGGACCUGACUGACGUGGGCAUUGAAUAUACUAACGGAAUGGAUGACGGUGAGGUUAAUGCGUCAUUGCCACCACCGGAUAAGAAGGUAGUUCUUCAACUGGCAGAGUCAGCUCUCGCCACAGCAAACGGCCCAACACAGGUAGCCGCUACUUUAAAGAAAGCAAUGGACGAUAAUUUCGGACCCGUUUGGCACGUGAUUGCUGGCACUGGAGCCUACGGAAGCAAUAUCGCGAGUCUUGGAGGGCAACUGCUUCAUUUCAAAGCAUUCGGCUGGGCCUUCCUCAUUUGGAAGACGUCUGACCAGCAACCGGAGUAG